UUGUAUUUUCAAUUAGUCUGUUUAGUUUUAUAAAUUUAUGUGUGGUCUCAUGAAAAGCAGACAUUCCUUCUGGUCCUGACAUGAAAGUCACAAGUUUCUGAAUCCAUUCCCAGAGUUAAUAACUCUGCAGGGCUGUUCCUCUACCAUGGCCUUGAAGAAGAUCCCCCAGACACCAGAAAGGUGGCUACUUUUAAAGGUAGCAAACGAGGGACAGACUUUUGUGUAAUGAGUUUCAGAGUUAGCCAAUGCCACUAAAAGCCUUUGAUGGCUCCACAAGCUAGAUUCCUGGACACUUUUAAAUGUCAUCACUUGAUAGAUACCUGAGCUAUGUUGCCAUAAUGGUGGCCUCUUUGAUGUCUAUAAUCCACCACUCGUCUUUCAGUUUGUGGUACUGUGGUGUCUAUAAUAACGCAUUUGUGUAUCAAUUCCAUAUACAACUUCAAAAAUAAACAUUAUUUUGGAACUUCCUACUAAAUAAUUUAAUAUCAAAAAAACAACAACAAACAAACGUGGUACACUGAGUGAUGAUUUAAUUAUUUAACUGCAUGUAUUAUGUAUGCUCUCGUUAGUUUCAAUGACUAUCUGGGUUUUCUUAGUGCUAGCAUCACUCUGUCAAUGAGAUAGACAUUUUAAAGUCAGGCUAAAACUUUGAGAGACACUUUUGUUUUUUUGGCACAUUGGAUUCUAUGGAAUAUAAUAAUAAUUAAAAUUUUUCUCGGAAGAAAAUUAAUACAAAAUCCAAACCAGUUUCCAUCACAUCGACCCCAACUCAUGACAACCUCGUGUGUGUCAGAGUGUCAGAGUGCUCAUUAGGGUUUUGAACGGAUGAUUUUUUUUAAAAUAGAUCACCAGACCUUUCUUCUAAGGUGCUGUUGGGUGGUCUCGAAUCACCAACCUUUUAGUUAGCAGUGAGCAGGUUAACCCUUUGCAACACUCAGGGACUUCUGGAAAGAAAAUUUGAGACCAUCUAAUCCAGCUAUUAAUUUUAUUGGUGACAAAACUCAGAAUGGGAAAAAUACAUAUUAUUAUUUCAAAAACCAAUGUAGUCAUUCUCUGCACUUGAUCUUAAUCUGUGUUUACCAUCUUUGCCUGAUAAAUUAUAACCCCUGUAUCUUUUUUCCCAGCAGAUUUUGUGAAAACAAACAAGCACAUGGCUGCAGAGAAUUUGACAGUUGUUACUGAGUUUGUUCUUUUGGGACUGACAGAUCAGGCUGAAAUGAAAAUUGUGCUUUUUGGGUUGUUCCUGGUGAUUUAUGCCAUUACCUUGGUGGGGAAUCUGGGCAUGAUCUUCUUAAUCCACACCACUCCCAAGCUCCACACGCCCAUGUACUUUUUCCUCAGCUGCCUUUCAUUUGUAGACGCCUGCUAUUCAUCUGCAAUUGCACCCCAAAUGCUGAUAAACCUUCUGGUUUUGAAGGGAACCAUUUCUUUCCCUGCUUGCAUGGUGCAGCAUUUGUGUUUCGGGGUGUUCGUUACCACAGAAGUUUUCUUGCUGUCGGUAAUGGCCUAUGACAGUUAUGUGGCCAUUGUGAACCCUUUGCUUUACACUCUAGCCAUGUCUAAGAGAAAGUGCAUAGUAUUGGUCACUGGGUCAUGGGCAUGUGGAACAGUUAGCUCAUUAAUACAUACAAUAAGUUUGGGCAGACUGUUCUUUUGUGGUCCAAAUGUCAUCAGCCACUUCUUCUGUGAUAUGCCCUCACUGCUAAAGCUGUCGUGUUCGGAUACCUCCUUGAAUGAGUUGUUGCUGUUAACCUUCUCUGGAGUCAUUGCCAUGGCCACCUUGUUGAUUGUGAUCAUUUCCUACAUGCUCAUUCUUGUUGCUCUACUGAGGAUCCGCUCAGCAUCAGGCAGACGGAAAGCCUUCUCCACCUGCACCUCUCACCUGACUGCUGUGACCAUAUUCUAUGGUACCUUGAGCUUUAGUUACAUUCAGCCAAGCUCCCAGUAUUCUGUAGAACAGGAGAAGGUGGCUGCUGUGUUCCACACACUAGUGAUUCCCAUGUUAAAUCCAUUGAUUUACAGCCUGAGAAACAAAGAGGUAAAUGUUGCAGUGAAAAGGGCCAUAGAAAUGAAACAUUUGCCUUGUUGAUUUUCCCUUUUGAUCUUACAAUAUUCUAUCAGUUUUCAGUUACUUACAUUCACAAGAUUUUUAUGAAUUAAUGCUAAA